UCUGUGCAUCUCUGUGUCCGUCCACCCAGGUCCCCCAUCACCGUCUGGGAUUUCAACGCCAAGGAGCCAAAGGCAAAUACCGGCUGGGUAAGCGGGUUACAGCGCAGCUAGAUCCUGUCCCCCAUCCCUGGGGCAGAUCGGGUCUGGCGUCUCUAGAGGAGACAGGCUCCCCCGUAGCUGAGCCCCUGAGCCAGCCCGUCCCUUGCUGUGGGGCUGGAUCGGGGCUGGCAGCCCCUAGAGGGGACCGGCCCCUGCCCCAUUCCCACCCCCCUGCCCUGGGGCCGAUGGGAGCUGGCCCCCCCAGAGGGCUCUGGGCAAACUGGAGCACUGGUCUGAAGGAAACAGGCUGAAAUUCAGUCAGGACAAAUGCAAAGUGCUCCACUUAGGAAGGACCAAUCAGUUGCACACGCACAAUGGGACUUGACUGGCUGGAAAGGGAGCCGGGGACCCGAGUGAAUGGGCCACAAGCUAAAUAUGAGUGACCAGUAUGACGCUGCUGCAGAAAACACGAACAUCAUCCUGGGCUGGAUCGACAGGACUGUUGUGAGCAAGACCCGAGCACUGAUUCUUCCGCUCUGCUCUGCGCUGAUUAGCCCUCAGCUGGGGAUGUUCGUGCCACAGAAUUGACAAGCGGGUACCACGCCAGGCCAAGCCACCCCUGCUAGACGCCUGGGUUCAGAGGGGGCCUGCGAAAUGCCCGUUCCGCCAUGUUCAGAGCACAUCUGGCAAGGGACGCCCGCCAGCUUGACAGCAGCUGGCACAAAGCCCUGGGCCCUGCCUGCCUGGUGAGUCAGUCGGCUCCGAAUCCCGCCCCUUUCCCUCCCGAAGAGUCUGCCAUCAGGGCACCCGAAAAGUCAUUCAGUGCCAGUGCAGGCCGGAGCACCCGGUUCCCCCUGCGCCCAAGCGAGCGACAUGGAGCUCACCACGGCCAUGCUGCUGUGGCUGCUCCUCGGCCUCUCCUGCCUGGUUGUCUGCCUGCACAGGAAGGGCCAGCAGAAGAGGGGGUGUUUGCCCCCAGGCCCGCGCCCGCUGCCCCUGCUGGGGAACCUGCUGCAGCUCGAUACCAAGGACAUGGUCAAAUCUCUUCUCAAGCUAAGCGAGCGCUACGGGCCCGUCUACACCCUCCACCUGGGCUCCCGGCGGGUCGUGGUGCUGUGUGGAUACCAGGUGGUGAAGGAGGCCCUGGUGGACCAGGCCGAGGAGUUCAGCGGGCGCGGGGAUCUGCCCGUGGUCUUCCGCUUCACCCAAGGGAACGACAUCGUCCUGAGCAACGGGGAGAAGUGGAAAGUCCUGCGGAGAUUCGCCCUGCAGACGCUGCGCAACUUUGGUAUGGGCAAGCGGAGCCUGGAGCAGCAGAUCCAGCAGGAGGCGCGGUGCCUGGUGCAGGAACUCGCCCAAAUGCAAGGUCCCACAUCAGCCUUCGGCAUGGACUUUAACAGCUGCCCCCAGAGCUGA